AUGCCUUCUGUGAUGGGAUCCUAUGGGCAGGUGAUUGAGUAUAUUCAAGACCGGUUGUAUCUUGCAUCCUAUACCCAACCACCCAGCGAAGGCGCUCCGUUCCCGUACCCGGUGCAGCCCAAGUCGCCAAGCAAGCGGUCUUCUAAAGCUGCCCAUGGAGGAUCUGCAGCGGCCGGUCCCAGAAGCAAACCCCCCGUAUACUUCACUGUUGAUGAUACCCUCCUCUACAACGCCUUCCAUGCCGAUUUCGGCCCUCUGCACAUCGGGCACUUGUACCGUUUUGCCGUCCACUUCCACGAGAUACUAGGCGACCCCGCUAACAGCGAGCGCCCGGUGGUCUUCUGGAGCAAACCCGAUUCUAGAAGCCGCGCCAAUGCCGCUUGCUUGGUUGCGUGCUAUAUGGUCCUGAUUCAAUCUUGGCCGCCUCACCUGGCUCUGGCCCCCAUUGCACAGGCAGAUCCCCCCUAUAUGCCGUUUAGAGAUGCCGGAUAUAGCCAGGCAGACUUUGUCUUGACUAUCCAGGACGUCGUGUAUGGCGUGUGGAAAGCUAAGGAGGAAGGGCUCUGUGGGCUGAAGGAUUUCAGCCUGGAGGAGUACGAAAAAUUUGAGCGGGUAGAUAUGGGUGACUUCAACUGGAUUACUCCGCACUUCCUCGCAUUUGCAUCUCCCCAGCACCAACAGAUCGACCCAAUCCCACCCAAUACACCGGAAUUUGCGGCACUACCUUCAACCAUAACGGAAGUUCUGAUUUCGGACUUACCAGUCCCCUUCAAGAAUGUCCUCUCACACUUUUCAUCUCGGAAUAUCGGUCUGGUCGUCAGAUUAAAUUCAGAGCUAUAUAGUCCGUCGCAUUUUACGGCGAUGGGGAUUAGCCAUAUGGAUAUGAUAUUUGAAGACGGGACCUGUCCGCCACUACCUCUGGUCCGGCGGUUCAUCAAGAUCGCUCACGAGAUGAUCCAUAAGAAGAAAGGAAUAGCAGUGCAUUGUAAGGCCGGGCUGGGCCGCACCGGCUGCCUGAUCGGGGCAUAUCUGAUUUACCGCCAUGGCUUCACAGCCAAUGAAGUUAUUGCUUUCAUGCGGUUCAUGAGACCGGGUAUGGUUGUUGGGCCCCAGCAACAUUGGCUUCACCUGAAUCAGACCAGCUUCCGGGAAUGGUGGUUUGAAGACUGUUUCAAGGAGAAACUCGCGCUGGCAAACCCAACAACUCCCGGUAGAGCCCCCCCAAAACAGCAACGUAUCAUAAGUACCAAUGGGCAAACAGCUACUCCACCACAUCCAAGCCAAAAAAGACACGCUCUGGGUGAGAUUGAUAACAACGAAGCGUCUGCAUACGCUGAUGAUACCCUUCCUGCCCCCACACCAGGGCAACCUCGCAAGUCUCACCGGAAAGACUCAAGGCACCACCCAUACGCGCGCGCUGUAUCUUCGGGCUUAGGGAGCGAGGCGGGGGUGGAAACAAGUGUUUCGAGGAAUGGAACAACGAAGGAGGGCAACCGCCGCAGAUUGACAGAACAUAAUAGUCGUAGCGAGAGUGACGAAGAACUUCAACUGCAAAUGCUUGCCAGGCGGGCAUCGUCGCGGACGCCAGUAUCUCCAUCCCAGCAGCGGUCAACGAGUCAUUCCGCAACUGUUAGUCUGAGUAUUCAUGAAGACGUGGAGGACUACGUGGAUGCCGUGGUUGUUUCGAGCCAGCCGAAGUCGACGCUUGUUGCGAAAAGUGGGAGUGGGAUCUUGGGCGUGGGAAAGGUUCGUGGGAGUCCACGGAGGGGCAUAGAGGGCAAGACGGACAAGGGAGUGAGAAAGCAUAGCGGGCGGGUUGGGAGUGCCGGUGCGGUGUCUAGGUUGAAGUGA